UCCUAUGCCCACUAAACAAAACUUUUCCGAUAAAACCAGAAGAGGAAAAAUGGAAGAAAUCGGUCUUGCAGUUCCUGAAAAAGAAGAUUCUGCUAUUGAAUCUAGACCUGGAACAUCACAAACAUUAACACAGCUUGACCCACUGAGUACAGACAUAGAAGACUUGUAUGUCAAAUAUAAGAAACUCCAAAGACAACUUGAAUUUUUAGAGGUUCAAGAAGAAUACAUAAAAGAUGAACAGAAGAAUUUAAAGAAAGAGUACUUGCAUGCUCAAGAAGAAGUGAAAAGAAUUCAGAGCGUACCCCUUGUUAUCGGACAGUUUCUAGAAGCAGUUGAUCAAAACACUGGCAUUGUUGGUUCUACCACUGGUUCAAACUACUAUGUGAGAAUUCUUUCGACAAUAGAUAGGGAACUGCUUAAACCCUCAGCCAGUGUUGCCUUACAUAAACACAGCAAUGCUCUGGUUGAUGUCCUUCCUCCUGAAGCAGACAGUAGUAUUACAAUGUUGUCAUCAGAUGAGAAACCUGAUGUUUUGUACUCAGAUAUUGGAGGAAUGGAUAUCCAAAAGCAAGAAGUACGAGAGGCUGUUGAGCUACCACUGACACAUUUUGACUUGUAUAAACAGAUUGGUAUUGACCCACCUAGGGGAGUUUUGAUGUAUGGUCCUCCAGGAUGUGGCAAAACCAUGUUAGCAAAGGCAGUCGCCCAUCAUACAACAGCAUCGUUUAUUCGUGUUGUUGGAUCUGAGUUUGUACAGAAGUACUUAGGAGAGGGACCAAGAAUGGUGAGAGAUGUUUUCCGGCUAGCCAAAGAAAAUGCUCCUGCCAUUAUAUUUAUAGAUGAAAUUGAUGCUAUAGCUACCAAAAGAUUUGAUGCUCAAACAGGAGCUGAUAGAGAAGUACAGAGAAUUCUGUUAGAAUUACUUAAUCAGAUGGAUGGCUUUGAUCAGACUGUUAAUGUUAAGGUUAUCAUGGCAACCAAUAGACAUGAUACAUUAGAUCCAGCAUUGUUAAGACCAGGAAGAUUAGACAGAAAAAUAGAGUUCCCAAUGCCAGAUCGCCGACAAAAACGUCUUAUAUUCUCCACUAUUACCUCAAAAAUGAAUUUAAGUGAAGAAGUAGAUCUGGAGGAUUAUGUGGCAAGACCAGAUAAAAUCAGUGGUGCUGAUAUAAAUGCAAUAUGUCAAGAGGCUGGCAUGCAGGCUGUAAGAGAAAACAGAUAUAUUGUAUUAGCUAAAGACUUUGAGAAAGGUUACAAGAAUAACAUCAAGAAAGAUGAAACAGAACAUGAAUUCUACAAAUAAUUUUUGAAAAGAACUAUCAGUAUUAUUGUUCAAUGUCAGUAAUAGAAUUUCAUUAAAAUGUCAUUUGUCA